UGUCACUAUGACACUUGCCCAUUGACCAACCUGUUUUCUGUGCAAUUUGACAAAAACAAUCCAUCGUCGUGAAAUUGUCUUAUCCAUCCGCAUCGACACAGGAAAAAUGGCAGCAUCCGGAAAAUUCACUAUUUUGGCUCGUCAACUGAGCACCAGCUCGGCCGCCGCUCAGCUGGUCAAGCCACCGGUGCAGGUCUUCGGACUGGAGGGCCGCUAUGCCUGUGCGCUCUAUUCCGCUGCCUCCAAGACCAAGGCGCUCGAUGCGGUCGAGAAGGAUCUGAAGGGGCUGCAGAGCCAGAUGCGCUCGGAUCCGAAGAUGCGCGAUCUGCUACGUGACCCGACGACGAAGCGCAACGUAAAGGCCGCCGCACUGAAGGAUGUCGCCGCUAAGGUGAAGUUCAACGCUGCCACCGGCAAUCUGCUCACCCUGCUGGCGGAGAACGGUCGCCUCGGCCGCCUGGACGGUAUCAUCAACGCGUACAGCCUGAUCAUGGCUGCCGAGCGGGGCGAGGUCGUGUGUGAGGUGAAGACUGCCAAACCGCUGGAUGAUGCCCAGCGCAAGCAGCUGGAAAAUGCUCUCAAGGCAUUCCUUAAGCCGAACCAAACGAUCCAGCUCACGGCUAAGGUUGACCCGGCACUUAUUGGCGGCAUGGUUGUUUCGAUCGGUGAUAAGUACGUCGACAUGAGCGUUGCCAGCAAAAUCAAGAAGUACACCGACGUCAUUACGGCGCCCGUCUAAAAUGUAAGCAAAAUCAUCUACAAACACACCGGCCCCAGUACGGGUAGUACGGGCUCUACGAUGUGGGUGUGCCGGGAGACGUGGUGCGUGGUUGCGUCCUAGCUGACGGUUAGUGUUUUGCAAUGUGCUAUAGCCGCGGGUCGUUGCGAAUACUGGCCAUAUAGAAUGUAUGAUGUUCAGUACAGCCGAAACAGAAUAAAAAUGUUCUCCUUAAAGGAUUCGAAA